AUGGACAUAUAUCGGCUUUUCACGAGGCUCCGGGAUCGAAAAUGCUGCAUUAAUCUAAUCCACUCAUCUAUCUAUCUAUCUAUCUAUCUAUCUAUCUAUCUAUCUAUCUAUCUAUCCCAGUUUCUUCAUUCUAUCUAUCUAUCUAUCUAUCUAUCUAUCUAUCCCAGUUUCUUCAUUCUAUCUAUCUAUCUAUCUAUCUAUCUAUCUAUCUAUCUAUCUAUCUAUCUAUCCCAGUUUCUUCAUUCUAUCUAUCUAUCUAUCUAUCUAUCUUGGACAGCUUACGAGGGAACUUUCUUUCUUUUUUCUUUCUUUUUCUUUUUCUUUCGAAUUUCUUCUUUUCUUUCUUUUUCUUUCUUUUCUUUCUUUUCUUUCUUUCUUUCUUUUUCUAUCUUUCUUUUCCCCUCAUUUCUUUUUAAUCUAUACAUCCAAGUUUUUUUUCUCUUCCUUGUAUUCCUGUCUCCACCAAUCCGUUCACUAUCCAUCCAUCCAUCCAUCCAUCCAUCCAUCCAUCCAUCCAUCCAUCCAUCCCAGCCCGUUUACUAUCCGUCCGCCCGUCCGUCCGUCUGCCCGUCUGCCCAUCCAUCCAUCUAUCCAUCUAUCCAUCUAUCCCAGUCUGUUAAUAUUCAUCCAUCUAUCCAUCCAUCCAUCCAUCUAUCUAUCCAUCCAUCUAUCCCAGUCUGUUCACUUCCAUCCAUCUAUCCAUCCAUCCAUCCAUCCAUUCAUCCAUCUAUCCCAGUCUGUUUACCAUCCAUCCAUCCAUCCAUCCAUCAUCCAUCUAUCCCAGUCCGUUUACAUCCAUCCAUCCAUCCAUCCAUCCAUCCAUCCAUCCAUCCAUCUCAGUCCGUUUACCAUCCACCCUGCCCAUCUAUCCAUCCAUCCAUCCAUCCAUCCAUCUAUCCAUCCAUCCAUCCAUCCCAGCCCGUUUCCACCAUCCAUCCCGUCUGUCCGUCCGCCCGACAUCCAUCCAUCCAUCCAUCCAUCCAUCCAUCAUCUAUCCAUCCAUCCAUCCAUCCCAGUCUGUUCACCAUCCAUCCAUCCAUCCAUCCAUCCAUCCAUCCAUCCAUCUAUCCAUCUCAGUCCGUUCACCAUCCAUCCAUCCAUCCAUCCAUCCAUCCAUCCAUCCAUCCAUCAUCCAUCUAUCCCAGCCCGUUUACCAUCCGUCCGCCCGUCUGUCCGUCUGCCCGUCCGCCCAUCUAUCUAUCUCAGCCUGUUUACCAUCAUCUAUCCAUAUCUAUCAUUCAUCUAUCUAUCCAUUCAUCCAUCUAUCUCAGUCUGUUCACCAUCCAUCAUCUAUCUAUCCAUUCAUCUAUCUAUCUAUCUAUCUAUCUAUCUAUCUAUCUAUCCCAGUCUGUUAAUAUUCAUCUAUCCAUCUAUCUAUCUAUCUAUCUAUCUAUCUAUCUAUCUAUCUAUCUAUCUAUCUAUCUCAGUCUGUUCACCAUCCAUCCAUCCAUCCAUCCAUCCAUCCAUCCAUCCAUCCAUCUAUCUAUCCCAGCCUGUUUACUAUCUGUCUGCCUGUCUGUCCGUCUGACUGCCUGUCCGUCCAUCCAUCCAUCCAUCUCCCAUCCAUCCCAACCCUGUUUACUUUCAUCUGUUUGCCUGUCCGCCUGUCCGUCCGUCCGUCCGUCCAUCCAUUCAUCCAUCCAUUCAUCCAUCCAUUCAUCCAUAUCUCAGUCUGUUAAUAUUCAUUCAUCCAUCUAUCCAUCCAUCCAUCCAUCCAUCAUCCAUCCAUCUCAGUCUGUUUAUUUAUCCAUCCAUCCAUCCAUCUAUCCAUCCAUCCAUCCAUCUAUCCAUCCCAGUCUGUCCACUAUCCAUCCAUCUAUCCAUCCAUCUAUCUAUCCAUCCAUCCAUCUAUCUAUCUAUCCCAACCCGUUUACCAUCCGUUUGCCCGUCUGCCUGUCUGCCCGUCCAUCCAUCCAUCCAUCCAUCUAUCUAUCUAUUCAUUCAUCUAUCUAUCUAUCUAUCUAUCCAUCUCAACCUGUUUAUCAUCCAUCUAUCUAUCCAUCUAUCUAUCUAUCCCAGUCUGUUAAUAUCUAUCAUCCUAUCUAUCUAUCCAUCCAUCUAUCCAUCUAUCCCAGUCUGUUCACCAUCCAUCUAUCUAUCUAUCCAUCUAUCCCACCUGUUUACUAUCCAACCGCCCGUCUGUCUGUCUGCCUGUCCGCCCAUAUUCAUCCAUUCAUCCAUCCAUUCAUCCAUCCAUCUAUCUAUCUAUCCCAACCUGUUUACUAUCUGUUUGGCCUGUCUGCCUCUGUCUGUCCGUCUAUUCAUCUAUCUAUCUAUCUAUCUAUCUAUCUAUCUCAGUCUGUUCACCUUCAUCCAUCCAUCUAUCUAUCUAUCUAUCUAUCUAUUCAUCUAUCUCAGUCUGUUAAUAUUAUCAUCUAUCUAUCAUCUAUUCAUCUAUCCAUUCAUCUAUCUCAGUCUGUUCACUCUCUAUCUUCAUCAUCUAUCCAUUCAUCUAUCUAUCUAUCCCAGUCUGUUAACAUCUAUCUAUCUAUCUAUCUAUCUAUCUAUCUAUCUAUGGAAAUGAAUGGGAAAGUGUCUGUUGGAGAAGUGAAAGAAAAAGAGAAAGCGAAAAAAAUAUUUUCCGAGGCGGUGAAUCAAGGAGAAAGCGCUGGUUAUGUAUCUGUUAACCACAGAUUCUAUAAUGUAUUCGACAUGACGGUUAAUAUAGAGCCGAAUAACAAAGUGGUCUUCAACCUCACCUAUGAAGAACUUCUAAAACGAACGAAUAGGCGAUAUAAACAUCGGAUCCUUUUGCCUAACGAUGAAAUUAUUGAUAAACUUAUUGUGGAAGUUUUCAUCUCAGAACCUCAAGUAAUUACAAUCUUCGAAGAGGAUCCCAAUAAAGGUGAGUUUUCUUUAAACGGAACACCAGUUAAUAACUGA